AUGUGCAUAUGUAAUACUUCUGUGCCAUCCUUUCAGUCAACAAGGGUGAGGAAAGUAGCGGCAACAAAGAUGGCACUCACUCAGGACAUUUUGGUGGUAAUGAUGCUACUACAUGGAAUAAUGGGCACCAUGAUCAACCUCAACAAUAAUGGCUUUGAAGACAUUGUUAUUGCUAUUAAUCCAAUGAUAGCUGAAGAUGACAAAAUUAUUACCAACAUAAAGGAUAUGGUUAAAGAAGCAUCCAAGUAUCUCAUCACUGCUACAGAACGAAGAUUUUACUUUAAGUCUGUAAAAAUUUUAAUUCCAUUGACAUGGUCACAAAAAACAGAGUACAAAAGAGUAAUAAGAGAAUCCUACGAAAAAGCUGACAUCAUAGUAGCUGAUCCUUACUUGAAAUCUGGAGAUGAUCCUUACACCCUGCAGUUUGGAGGUUGUGGGAUACCAGGGAGAUACAUUCAUUUCACGCCAACAUUUCUGACAAAUGACAAUUUGCAGGAUGUUUAUGGAUCUCGAGGUAGAGUCUUUGUUCAUGAAUGGGCUCAUCUCAGAUGGGGUGUCUUUGAUGAAUACAAUUAUGAUGCUCCUUUUUAUGUUACUAAGGAAAAAAAAGUUGAAGCAACAAGAUGUUCAGCUAGUGUCACUGGUAUUUACAUAUUUCCAACUGCACCAGGACAACACAGAGAGUGCAUAUUCCUGCAGGACACUCAGAUGUAUGAACCAGGAUGCCAAUUUGUACCAAAUAAAUCCCAAAGCACUCCAGUAUCUAUAAUGUAUAUGCAAAGUCUACCUUCUGUUACUGUGUUCUGUAAUAAAAGCAAUCAUAAUGUCGAAGCACCAAAUCUGCAAAACAAAUUCUGCAGCUAUAAGAGUACGUGGGAAGUAAUUAUGAAUUCCACUGACUUUGCCUCUUCAUCUGUAAUAAGUACUCCUCCACCUGAGCCCAUUUUCACCUUGAUGCAAACACGUGACAGAGUUGUCUGUUUAGUGCUUGAUGUCUCUGGAAGCAUGCGAGAUUAUGACCGCAUUGCUCGUCUCAAGCAAGCUGCAGAAGUGUUCCUCCUACAAAUUAUUGAAACUGGUUCCUGGGUUGGAAUUGUAACAUUUCAAAGCUUUGCCACCGUUCCGUCUGGCUUGCAGCAGAUUGUCAGUGACAACAUACGGCAGAAUCUUGUGAAUGUUUUGCCUACCACAGCUGGUGGAGGGACUAAUAUUUGUGCUGGACUGCGCAAAGGAUUUGAGGUGAUUAGAUUAACAGAUGGAAGUACUGAAGGAAGUGAAAUUGUGCUCUUGACAGAUGGAGAAGACUCAGGAAUGCAAUCUUGCUUUAAUGAAGUUAAAACUAGUGGAUCAAUAAUUCACACCAUUGCUUUGGGGCCAAGUGCUGCAAAAGAGUUAGAAAUGCUAUCAAGUAUGACAGGGGGAUUAAAAUUUGCUGCCUUUGAUGUCUUGGAUCCCAAUGGCCUCAUUGAUGUUUUCAGUGGAAUUUCAUCAGGAAGUGGAAAUAUUUAUCAGGAGUCAAUUCAGCUUGAAAGUAAAAGUCAGAAAGUUGAUUCCGGCAAUUCUAUUAAUGGUACUGUAUCCAUCGAUCAUACUGUAGGAAAUGACACUUUUUUUGUAGUUACAUGGAGUGAACCCUCUUCUAAACCUGAAAUUCUUCUGAUGGAUCCAAAAGGAAAAACAUAUAAACAAAACGAUUUUGCAGUUGACAACACCAAUCUCAAAACUGGUCGGCUUAAGAUUGAUGGGACUGCUGAGACAGGAGAUUGGAUUUAUGCGCUUUAUAAUAGAUACUCAAAGGCUCAGGUGCUAUCAAUCACAGUAACAUCUCGAGCGGCAUCUCUAACAGAACCUCCAGCAACUGUGAAGGCCUAUGUAAGCAGUGAUACAAAUGCUUUUCCCAAUCCAAUAAUUAUUUAUGCAGAAGUCAGUCAAGGACUUUUGCCAGUGCUUGGCGCAAGUGUUACAGCCACAAUCGAAUCAAAAAAUGCACGUGAGGAACUAGAGCUUUGGGACACAGGUUCUGGUGCAGAUAUUAUCAAGAACGAUGGAAUCUACUCAAGAUACUUCACAUCAUUCAGAGACAAUGAUAGAUACAGCAUAAAGGUGCAUGUCCAAGGGAGAGAUAGAACCAGUCGACAAACUCGCCAGAGGAAUCGCGCUCUAUAUGUCCCAGGCUAUGUAGACAAUGAUGAAAUAAAAAUGAAUGCACCAAGACCAGAAGCUAGUGACAAUGAUACCCAAGCAAACCUUGGAAAAUUCAACAGAAUUGCUACAGGGGGUAGUUUUGUAAUGUCAGGAGUGCCUUCUGGAAAUAUUCCAGAUGCCUUUCCACCAUCUCGAAUCACUGAUCUUGAAGUAAAACUCAAUGAUGAGAAUGAUUUCCUUUUGUCAUGGACUGCUCCUGGAAACAACUAUGAUAAAGGAAAAGCUGAAAAAUAUGAAAUUAAAACAAGUGAAAAUCCUGUGGAAUUAAGAGAUGCUUUUCAAAAUGCUGCUUCUGUGAACACAUCUGAUCUGAAACCUGAUGUUGCUGGGAUCAAACAGUCAUUUCAGUAUAAGAUGGAAAAUUUCACAAAAGAAAAUGGCACCGCAAUUUACUUUGCCAUUCGUGCCAGUGAUGGCAGCAACAAUGUUGGGGAAGUAUCUAAUAUAGCAAGAGCAGUUGUACUUCUUCCUCCAUUGCUCCUUAGUUCUCCCUCACCCACCAAUCCUUCUAGUUCUCCCUCACCCACCAGUCCUUCUAGUUCUCCCUCACCCACCAGUCCUUCUAGUUCUCCCUCACCCACCAGUCCUUCUAGUUCUCCCUCACCCACCAGUCCUUCUCCGCCUACAGAAGCUCCCAAUACUAAAGCUCCUGUGAUAAAUACAGUGACUGUAAUUGUUAUCAUAGUAUGCAUUGCUCUAAUUAUCAUUUGUGCUUGUAUAUGUAUAACUAUUUGUGUUUUACAUAAGCAAAAAAAGGUAAAUCCUGAAACUCAAAUGUAAGAAGAAAUAAGAUCAAAACUAUAGAAUGGAAGGACAAAUAAAUACAAUCUAUGAUGGUUACACAGACUUUUAACAACCUUGUUUGUGUAUUAAGACAGCAGUUAAUAUUCUCUGUCAUAGACAUAGAUUUCUGCAGUAUUGUUGAUUUUAACUUUUAAAAGUUGAAAGGAAAUUGAAUCACUAUUCUCAGCUUAUAAGGUAAGAGGUGAGUCAAAAUAAAAACAAGUUAGAAAUAUUUAUCAGCCUCAUAUGUUAAAUUUUACAAGCCACCCAGAAUCCUUUAUGUGUGGGUUGGGUGGAUAUAUAAAUGUGUUUAAUAAAUAAAUAAAUAGAUUUUCCCAUGCUUUCACUAAGCAAAGUUGAAUUUCCAAUGCAAAUACUACAUUUAUCUACUGCUCCUUUUACCUUUAGUGUAAAUUUAACAUAAAGCCAAUCUGACCUUAGCAACCUCAAAGGCAGCAUUAUUAAUUUCAUCUAUACUGAUUUAUGAGAAUAAAUUCUAUGUUAGGUUUAGGAUGCAAUGAUAUUACCAUAAUGGAGUCUGAUUCAGCUUUACACUGAAGUAUAUUUUUCUGAGAUGAGGAAGAUUAAAUCAAAUUAAAUCAAGUUUCUUCAGGCAGAAUUUAGAUGAGUGAAACAUGUUAUAUGGCUAAAGUGACAACUUUUUAAGCAAUUAUGAUUUUUACAGUCUAAGAAAUCUUGAAGCAUCAAGAUUUGGGGUAAAAUAAUUAUAGAACAAUAAGAUUUUUAUACAAUUUAGUAAAAUUGCCUAAUUUAGUAAAAAUACCCAAUCAUAUUGCACCAUAAUGUUCUAUACUACACUUUAACUAUAAUGGAAGAUGGCUUAGCAAUUCUGAUGCCUACCAACAGGGACAAAAUUGCUUCUCCUAAACAUUGGUAAAUAAGUAUCAAGAUUAAUGUCAAAAUAAUGUUUUUAACAAACAUGUUUGGUGGGGAAGGAUUUAGAAGAAUCAUAUGAGACAAAAAAAAAAAUCAUUGUUCCAUUUGAACAAUUUUACUUAUUUUCAUUUGUUUAUUCAAUGUAUUCAAUCUCUGUUCCAUGAAUCUGGGUAGCUAACCAGGAUUAAAAACAAAAUAAAAACAACAAAUCACUAAAUAAUAUAUACAUAGAGAGACCAAGGUAGAAAAUCAACCAACUCAUCAAUCAA